UCCUAUCCUUUUCACGGGUCUUAUUUAUUUAGUCAUAUGAUAAGAACCGUUCGGAUUCGGAACCGGAUUUUAUGGGAACCAAAACAAAGCUGUAAUAGUAUAAUAUGACUUUAUUGAAAAUUUUUUCUUUGGGAGAUGUAAAAGAGGAAGAUGCUUUUGUUUUAUCAGAAGGACAACAUGUAAUUGGAAGAGGCGUUUUAAAUUGUUAUGAUAAAAGAAUUUCCAGGAAACAUGCAUUAAUUAAAAUUUGCAACAAUACGGUGACCAUUAAAGCAAUACAUGUAAACCCAUGUUUUUUUAAAUCUGCUAAUGGAAGUAAUGUAAUGAUAUUACCUAAAGAUGCUUCUGUUGUGUUGAAUCAAGGAGAUCAAUUUGCUUUUCUUGCCAGCUUUUUUUGGUUUAAAGUAAAAGUUAUUAAAGAUGAUAAAAGAGUUGAUUUCACAAGUGAAAUUGUGCAGGAUGUAGCUAUUAAAAAUAACAUUGACCAUCAUUCCCAUAAAGUUGAAGCUAUAAAUUCUGUAGAUGUGGAUAUUAAUUAUAUCUCAUCCAGAGUUAAGCGUAGUCACAAUGACGAAAAUUUAAUUACAAAGCGUCGUAAAAUAUCUUGUAAAAAUAUAAAUAGUACAAAACAAAUUAACACAUCUUCUGAUGAGUUAAUUAGACCUAGUACAUCUGUAAAUUAUUCAUUUUAUACUCCACCUAAAGUGAAAACUGAGAGUCUGGCCCAAACUAUCGUUGAAGAUUAUGUCAAUCAAAAUGAUACAAAUGUAUCCCAAGAGAUAAAAGAAGGAAGUUCCUGUACUGAGAAUGGAAAGGGAUGUAGUUUUACGACAAAAACAGAAAUAUUAGAUAACAUUAAAAUAGAAAGUAAUAGUAUAAAAGCCAAUGACCUUGGUGUAAAUAAUCAUGUUUUGGAAAAUGACGAUAUUGGUAAAGGAACUACUAAUGACCAUAUACAAAAAAUACCGAGUGGUGAAACUUCUUGCACUAAAAAUAAAAAUACAGCACCUUCCAGUAUGAAUAACGGGAAUAAAAAUUAUAAAAGGCCAAGAUGUUGGUAUGGAUAUAGCUGUUACAGGUAA